AUGGACUCCGAACCGACUUCAUCCGAGCCAUCUCAGCUAGACAAGGAGAUUGCCUCAUUAAGAAAACAAGCAGCGGCCUCUUUACGCAAAGCCCUCCGAAUCCAGUGCUCGACGAUUCUAUCCUCCGCGUCAACAUCGCGUCUCAUCCGCUCCUCAUCCUCGCCCGCCGUUGCCCGUCGGCCGGGUUCCUCAGAAACCGCAUCGUCCAAGCUGAGCAGCCGCUCAACCCAGCAACAAGCCCACAUGCAGCAAUGCAUCUACCGAAUAUCCGCUCCAGUAACCUCCUUCAAGGUCCGCGACCCUGACCCCAAUGCCGUGGAUGACGGCCACGUCCUGGGCCUGCGGUUCGAAAUCAUGUCUCGGGGGCAGUUCCUCCGCCCCUACUACGUGAUGUUGAACCGACCGUAUCCGGGCUCAAAACACCUCCGCGUCCACAGACAUACCGUCCCUCCGGCAGUGCCUCUGGCCGGCCUGGCAGCAAGACACUUGCCGCAGCCAUCCCGAGCCGGCGGAAGCAGCAGCUCCACGGACCAAGAUCUCGACAAGUUUGUGAGGACGCUGCGGCGAGAAAUUGUACGGUACCACAAUCGACUGGGCGUCUCGGCAGAUCUCCGCCGGCGAUUGGGAUUGCACGAGAGAGGCGGACGGGCCGUAGCGCCCAAUGCGCUCGUGGAAGCGGGCAUCGCAGAUAUUGAGGCCAAGCAAAUAAGUCUCACCUGGGCAAACGACAAGACUGGCCGACUUAUCAUGGACGAUGAUGGAAACGUGGUCAAGUUUGUGGUGUUUGGGAGCGACGGGCGUGACUGGGAGGCAUCGGGUGCUGUUUUUGAUAAGAAUGAUAGCAUUGAGGAUGUAGCUAGAAAGUUGGAGGAGCGUCUGGAGGAGAGCAUCCUGGAAGAGCAAGAGGGGUGA